AUCCUUUUAAAUUUCUACACCAUUUUGACAUAUAAAAAAUAUAUAAACAAUACAUAAAAAAAUUAAAUUAGUAAUGUUGGCAGUAAAGUAUCAAAAUUAUUGUUUAACUCGAAAAUUAUUACAAAAAUCCUUUGUUCUGUCCAAAAAAUUUUGUGUGAAAGGUCAAAAUGGAGGUGGAAAUUUUUCAAAAACCAUUCCCAAGAUUUUUUAUGUGCAUAAUCCGUUGACGUUUCUUUGGACGCGAUUUCAACUUGCUCGAAUGCGUCUUCUGUGGGAUCGAGAAUUCGAUUUAAAUGAGUUUUGCAAAGGAACCAAACAGGCAGCAUCUGUAAUGACAGACUUCAUUCGUAAGCAAGACCAACUUAGUAUCGGACAUUUUACAACACCCAUUGGAUAUGAGCAAAUUACAAAUGAUAUGAAUUUUUCCAAAAACGAUGCUCGCAUUAAACUUCUGCACUUCAGAUUUGAAGACAUUCAUCGAGCAGUUCCUGUACACGUUGUCUUCUUCAAAAAAGGAAACAAUAAAAAUUGUUUUAUUGAUAUGUUAUUUGUGGGAAUGCGAAACACAAAGGAUUUUCAAAACUCCGAAGAGCGUCAAGUUAUUAGUAGAACUCUUGAUCAACUUGAAAGACAAAUGAAUGUUCCACCAGAUGUAAUACCCGCUAAACACAGAGUUAUAUUUUCUGAGAUUUAUAUGAGAUUUUUCCGAAAUUAUACUCCAAGAGUUCCUGGAGAUUGGUCAGUUUCAUUUUACAAAAUUGUUUCUUUUGAUGUUUGGAACUUUGUAUAGUGAUUAAAAAAUAAGUAAAACAAAAAU